AUGGCCCAGACAAUUGACCAGGUACUGUUUGAGUGGCUCGAGGCGGCGCCGCGGGUGCCUCGCCGAGACCGGCAGACGCUGCUGCUCAAGGAACUCAUGUCUCUGCACGCUCUGCAACCCAUUUUCCUGAACGCAAGAGAGGCAGACAAAGAGGAAACAGAGCCGCGUAGCUGGCAGGACAAUCACACACAGGCCGUAGCGAAGGUGAGCGCAGCACUGCGCCGUACAUUUCUUGAUACUGUAGACACUGUUGUUGCACGCCAGCUCGCAGAGUCACUAUCGGUGUCCACCGACAUAGACCUGCUGUAUGGAGCACUGGAUGCUCACUGUAUCAUGUUGCUCCACGUCGCCGGGGAUGGUCCGCGUCGACCAGCACAGCAGCUGCGAGGCGUGGAAGAUAUCAUCAACGAACUUAGUGAGUUUCAGGAGUCCGUGCUGCUUCUUCGUGUCGAGCAUCCCUCCUCCAAACAAAUUUCUCCCGCCGCCGCUUCGCCACCCACCCCAGUCAAAGGUGUGUCGCAGGUGAAGAGCUGGGUAGAGCAGUGCACCGCGGAGCUUAAAAUCGGCACCCAGGUGACCUACUACGCCGACGUUGAAUGCACACACGCCUUCUUUGAUGUACGAAGCGUCUUUCUUUUCUCUGCCGAUGGCGCCAAGGUGGAGCGUAUUUCGAGAGAGCUGCUGCCCCGCGGCGGCCACCAUCUCAACGAUGUACUGCACAGCGUCCGUUUCGGUGGCUUUUGUGUGGAGUAA